ACCAAAAAUAGUUAAGCAGAAUUAGUUUAUGGAUCUCCAGUGUGUGCAAUAAAUGAAGUAAGGUUAGGGGUGCAGACUGCCAAACAAUAAAACAGCAAGAGAGUGGUGAUAAAUACUUAGACUUUUGACACAGUGUGGUGUGAAUACGCAAAAAAUAAAUGUGUAACAUAACCAGCUGUGCUGCAUGCACUCUGUUGUAUAAGGAAUGUGCAAGAAGAGUAUAUCGGGAAAUAACAAAAUUUUGGGCCGAAAGCUCAGGUUCAGCAGUAUCGUAAAUACUGUGGGCUUAGUGUAGCAGUAGCGAUACAUGUAAGCUAUAGGCCUGCAGUAUAAAUCUGCCUAUGUGCUGUACAUGAAAAUAUGUUGUGAGAUAGCAUGUGGAGUUAGGUAUGUUACAGAACCACCAGCAAAAAUCUUCGAAAUAUGACAACGGCAUGGUUCCUUUGUGAAAGAGUUCAUCCAGUUUGCAUUAAACCAAGAGGAAUGUAGGAAAAAAUGGCGAUCAGCCGUCCUUGAAAUACAGAGACUUCAGACAGAGUUGGAGAUGAGAGUAAAAUACAUUUCGGUGCUGGAAGGAAAAUUAAGCCACGCACAGCGCAUGAUAGAUAAGGAAAAGCAGAAACGGCGUGAAGUCGAAAUCUAUAUGUCUGCACUGGAAAAGAAUUUAUAUCACGUUGGAGAUACUCUUGUGGCCGAACUUGGUAAGGAAGCAUAUAAAAAAUAUCCAUUAUUGUACGUAUUUGGCAACAAUCCUGAGGCUAAUGGUGAUCAUGCAGAAUCUAGAACCAGCACCAUGAGUGAGGUUGCAAAUUCAACAGGUUCACUGUUUUCUGAUCUGAGCUACUCGCGCUGUGAGGAUGAUCUUGACCUCACUGAAACAAAUUGUGGAAAAAUAUGGAAAAAACAUAGGCCAUCUCUACCCGCACCUGGAAAUCCAAACAGUACCAAUAAACGACAGUCUUUGGCUUUCAUGCAAACAAACAUACUUAAUAAUCAUAUAGAGAAAAGCAAUAUGGCUGGCACAGGUACAGUCAAGAUGAACACAGUGGGGGCAGAUGGCAUGCCCCAAUCCACGAAAAUUGACACUAAUGAUGGGACAGUUAACGCUGUUUCCCAAGGGCUUUUACAUUCAGUAACACCCUCUGUGAGCAAAGGUUCAGAUAUGUUGGACAUAAACUCUCUCUGUGAUAUAAGAUCCAACCUUCUAACACCACAGGCUACAGGGAGCUCUGUUGGUAGCUUCUUCCCACUUGGAUUGAAAAUUCUGAACAACCGUAGGCAUAUUUUUUGUAUGAAAACUGUCAUUUUUCUCGAGAACUGUGACCACUGUGGUAAAAGGAUUAAGUUUGGGAAAAUGGUGAUGAAAUGCCAGGACUGUCGGGCAUCUUGUCACCCAGAAUGCAAAGAGUAUGUGCCUCUGCCUUGUGUACCAGUGAGCAAAACUAUCCUGGCAUGUCAGCAAGGUGAGAGAGGUACCAUUUCUGAUUAUGCACCAUCAACAGCGCCCAUGGUUCCAUCUCUCAUUGUGCACUGUGUCAAUGAAGUGGAUCUUCGUGGUCUUAAUGAAGUUGGAAUCUACAGAAUUCCUGGUUCUGAAAAGGAUAUUAGGGAACUGAAGGAAAAGUUUUUGCAAGGAAAAGGUGUUCCAAAUUUGUCAAAAUUGGACAUCCACCUGGUGUGCGGAACUAUCAAGUAUUUCUUGCGUUCCUUACGUGAGCCUCUGGUGACCAACUCACUGUGGCAUGACUUUGCAAAAGCUGCAGAGAAUCCAGACCCAGAUGAUAGCAGAGCGCUCAUGUAUCAGGCCAUAUCGGAGCUACCCCAACCAAACCGAGACACUCUGGCCUUCCUCAUCUUGCACCUGCAAAGGGUUGCUGAGUCUCCAGACUGCAGAAUGCCAGUGGCCAAUCUUGCGAAAGUUUUUGGUCCGUCAAUUGUAGGCAGUUGCUCCUUGGAUUGCAGAGCCACACAAAUGCUGAAAGAAGUAAAGAAGCAAGUAACAGUUACUGAGAAUUUGAUCAAUAUUCCAUGUGACUACUGGGCUAACUUCUUUAAAGUGGACUCAGGACUGGUUUCAAAUUCCCCACUGUCAGCCGCCACAGUGCGCAUGCUACCAGACUGUGUAAGAACCAUGAAGAAUAGCUUCACACCUGCUCAUGGGUUCAUAGGCAGACGCAGGAGAUAUUUUGCUACUCUAUCUAAAAAAUUGUUUUAGAUUUUAGGUAUACACUAGACAUUGCUUUUAUUGAUUGUUUUUUCAUUCUUUUAAAUGUAUGAUGAUCUUUUUACCUUGUACUAAGAAUGUUACUAAACUAAUUGCCAAAUUUUCACUUGUAGAUGUGAACAUUGAAAGGUUGCUGAUCCAAUAAGAAAGGAUUCUUUUUGGGGGGGGGGUUAGUUUUACCUCAGUACCUUUCUUACAUUGCAUCAGAUACAAACAUCUCCAGGAAUAUCUGUUUGCAGCAAAGAGCAUUUAGAAAACAUUAACUGUUUGGGCCUAUCAUCAGUCAAGUAAUGGAUUUUAUUUAAGUCAUUAAAUAUAUUGUUGUGUGAAGUUUCAAACCUUUUGAUGUGUAUGAACAAAAUAUCAUUGUAUAACUUUUGUGAAAUAUUAAAUGGCCUCAGAAAUUUAUGAUAUUUGGAAUAGAAAAAAUGAUAAAUAAAAAUGGACCAAUGUGGUAUUCUUUUUGGGUUGGGGGUUGUGGACUAAAGUGAUUAGAUCUUAGAUACAAAACUCUGAAACAUUUCAUACAAUGUGAAUAAUGCUUGGCUGUUCUAUUUCUUAUAACAAGCAAAGAUUAGGUCAUUAGGCAUGAAAUGAACUGGAUCCCUUUGAAUGUCAGUAAAAUUUUUUGUGUGUGUGUAA